CGAAUCUCGUACAUGGAUAAUACAUCGAAAAACCAUAAAACCACGUAUCGAUCGUUGUUUGCAAUUGUCGCGUGGCCCUCGCACGCUCUUUUACGCUUCUACCAUUGCACGAGACAAACGGUUUCCUUCGUUGGCCGUUACAGAUCACGGACUAUACGUGGAUAGACUAUAGACGUUUUUCCGAAACGGUCGAAUAGGGAGGAACAUUCUGGUAGGAACUGGUACCUUCGUUCGGACGAGCUCGGCGUGGAUCGGUGUUUCUCGGCUGCUAUCGAGUCACGUGGCUUUCGAUACGUCUCCGUCCCACUCAAAUAUAUUUAAGAAGCUCCGGCGCGCGGCGGUGCGGUGACAGUUUCGUUAUCGAGUUUCUAAGGAACGAGCGCGCGGUUUUCGGUGUUCUCCGGCACCACCGUGAACGUUUGCUUUCGAUCGAAUAACUCUGUCGGGACAAGUGACAAGUGAGGAAGAAAGGAGGGCGGCGAACACGGAAAAAGGACAAAUAGAAAAAGAUAUAUAAAAGGAAACGGCGAACCGCCACGUUCUUGCGUCGUUGUUGCGUUCUUGCGUAACGCGAAAACCGUUGGAGGAGACACGUAGACGAUAGUACGGAGAAGGCGGACGCAGGAGAGACGUUCCCUCGAAACGACUUUCUCGUAUGUUCCGGUAAUCUUUGACAGACUGCUAGAGACGCGAGAGUGUGCUGGCAGAGUACCACCCAUUUAACCAAAAGUUUUUUCACCCGCGUUUUCGCGUUUCGUUAACCACGUCGUAGCGAGCUUGUCGACUGAUUCCUUGAACCGACUAAAUAGAGAGGCUUAAUCUGCUGCAAAGUGCUGCUAACGACACGAAGGGCACGGUACGCGCGCCUAACCUCUCGCGAGCGUGCGAUCGAAACCUAGAAGGUGGACGCGUUGUAGGACUGUCCAGAAAAUGGACUCGUCCGUCGUCCUGGACAAAGCAUCCGAAUUCGGAGAACCGAUCGAUUUGGACCGUCCGUUCCGCGGAUUCCCGUUCGACGGCGAAGCUUUUGGUAAACGCAGCGACAUUCGCGCUCAUCUAGAUCAGUUGGCUGCUCGACAUCCGGAAUUCGCGGAUCACUUGCUCGGCCCGGCUUGGGGCGACAUACCCUUCCACGGCUCGCUACGCCAUCGAAAUCGCGGCUCUGGCUCCGGCUCCGGCACUGGAAACUGCGCGAACAACAAUUAUCAAGGGUAUUCGGACGAGGACGCGAGGUCGCAGGCGAGCGGGAGUAGCGCGGCGAGCGGAGCCAGCGCUGUCAGCUCUCACAGCGAAGCGGAAGGGAGCCAAGACCAUCGAAAUCAUCGGAACGAUCGGAACCAUCGGUAUCAUCAGAAUCAGCAGAACCAACAGAAUCAGCAGGUUCGGAAAAAAUCGCGAGAUAGAUCGGACAGCGAACAACAAGAACCCGCGGGAAGAACCCAGAUCCCGCAGUACGGAUUUCGCAACACCGUCGACAUAGGCCAACACCGGCACAACAUGGAGAAUCCGGACAAAGGGUACCGUGGUCAACGGUCCAUGUCCGCUCCGCCGGAGAACAGACAACAAUCUCGCGAGCAGCAACCCCAACAGUGCUAUCACAAUUGUCAGCAACAAUCACAGCCACAGGGACAAAGAUACGUUUCGAGGAUAGAUAUAACGCCUCAACAUAAUCAGCCUCGGUCACAGCCUCGAUCGCAGCCCCAGUCGCAGCCCCAGUCGCAGCCCCAGUCGCAGCCCCAGUCGCAGCCUCAAUCGCAGCAGCAGGCCAACGUCAGGCACAUACCGAUUUUCGUCGAAGGCAGAGACGAGCCGGUUUUGCCCAGAAGCUUCGACGAGCCGUUCGGAAGAGAAACUUCUCCCACACAGUUCCACGCGACUCCUCAUUUUCAGAGGUCGUCGCCGUUCGGGCAAUCUCCUUUCGCGAGAUCGUCCCAUCAAUGGUCUCCGCAUUUCGAGGAUCCGUUCUAUCCGACCCAAGCUAGUUACGAGCAACCUUCGCGCAAACAACAACAGACCGACGGCUACCAGCAUCCCCGACAGCAACAGCACCAAUCGUACGAAAAGCAUCAACCCCAUCCGCAAGAACAACCGCAGCAAUAUCAGCAACAACAACAACAACAACAAGAACCACCGACGACAAAAGCUAAACCCGUCGUGCCAAAGGAUCCUUUGGAGAGGGUAGCCAUGGUUCAGAGGGAAGUCGAUUCCCUCGCGGAACAAGUGAAACUAUAUAAAGGCGACUCGAGAAAAGACAAAGAAUAUAUUUACCUCGACGAAAUGCUGACCAGAGAGCUGAUCAAGCUCGACGAUAUCGAAACGGAAGGCAGAGAGAACGUUAGACAAGCGCGAAAGAACGCGAUAAAGACUAUACAGGAAACGAUCGGUUUGCUGGAGUCCAAAGCUCCCCUCGCGUCGUCGCAGCCGGCUACGCCGCAAGCAAUGCCCGACGACGAUACCGCGAUUCCGGCGCCCGCCUUCCAGCCAGAAUCCAUGGACGUGGAUCGGAAACCGGAAGAACGAGAUUGGACCAACGAACCGAUUCCGCUGCCCCCCGGUCCCUCGACCUCCGUAAACAAACCCGCGGGCAUCGUCGAGGAGGAGGAGGAGAAGAAGACCGACGCGGAACAACGGUCGUCGAAUUCGACGGCCAUCGCCGACGAGCACGCUUCCGCCGAGUCGAUGGAUACCACUGUCGCCGCCGCCGCAGCCGCCGCCGCCGCGGUCUCUGUCGCGGAAAGAACCGGACCGGAGGAGAAAACGGUUGAGAAAUCCGCGGAACAGACUCCGAUGGACGUGCAGGAGAAUUCGGAACAGCCGAACUUGGAAGACGAGAGGACGCUUCCCGAGGGGAACGGACAGCAGCGGGACAACGUAUCGGACGAGAAGAAAACGGAGAACGAUUCGAGUUCGAGAACGUUGCACGUGCCGCGAGAGGAGAAACCGUCCGAUCGAGAAGCGAUCGUCCUCGAGUCGGACGACGUCGUGCACCGAGAGAAGACGAUCGCGCGACAACCUCCCGCGGACGACUCCGAGAAAAUGGUAGUGGACGCGACCGCGAAACAGUCCCCGAAAACUACCAAGAAGGGAAAGAAAUCGAAGAAACAGCCGGUCGUUGUUCCAGUUUCGAAUACACCGAUACCGUUACCGCCUCCGCAAAACACCGAAACGAACGCGAAGUAGAGGAGAAAACGUCGAGUGUUCCAUAUUUCCGGAAUAUUUCGCAUCGUAAUCUGCCGCAGUUCGUUCGGUGAAUCCGGCAAAUCGACGAAUCCGCGAUCGGCGCUCGAUUUCGUGUCGCCGACGCUCGAGCACCCGUGGAACAUGAUUCCGAUUCGCGGACUACGAACGCGGCGUGUUGCCCGAGGAAAGAGAAUCGUCCUACCGUUUCGCCGGUAGACGUGCCUUAUUCGCGCUAGUUUUUCCGUCUCUUCGAUCGUUACCGCCGAUUUGUACCGAUCGUUACCGCCGUCGUGGAUCGACGUGUUUCCAAAGUCGACCGUGUAAUCGGUUCUCGUUCAUCCGUAAGAAAACAUUCUUCGACUGUGAAUCAUCUUUUCGUUCGUUUCUUUUUAUUACCACUGUACGUGCUACUAUUUGCAUUUCGAUGAUCUUAUUCCUCGCGGAACCGUAUCUAUCGGUAGCGAUCCAGUGUGUCGGCGAGACCGACGCGAGUCGCGACCGUGAGCGAAAACAACGACGAUAACAAGGAAAAAGAACGGGGAAAGGUGACGGAAAGAAACAAACGGAAAACAGAGAAACAGCACAGAGCCAGUCUCGAUCUCGAUCUCGAUCUCGAUCUCGAUCGGCCAAAUUCGACUCCGCGCCAAGUAUCGGUUUCUUCAACUCCGAAAGUGUUCUUGUAUCUUCUUUCGUUUUUACUUUUCAAUGAUUUGUUCCGGCGUUUCGACUCGCAACAAUGAUCGAACGCGAAAUCUCGCGAAGAAUGUUCUGCCGACGAGUCCGGAUGUCGACGAACCGCGAACGCGUUGAAAUCGCUCGAGUCGUUGAAAUCGCCAGGGAUACGUACUGCCCGUCCCCGAGAAAACGGCACAUGGAAAACUUGUAGGCUCGUAGGAAUCUCUAUCUCCCAUCACCCGGUGUAAUUCCAUCUCUUUAUUGUACACGGGCUAUACCUAAAUGUAUACGCCCUCCGCUGUCGGAAUCGGUGCCGUCUUAUCGCGGACGGUCUGUGUCUAUAUACGUUGACGAGCGGUAUCGGCCCGUUUCUAAUAGUAUUACAGCGCGAAGUUCGAUUACCUAACUUUAAUAUAAUUAUUAUCGUAGUUAUCUUAUUAUAUUGUUAUUAUUAUUUAUAAUUUAUUGAAGAUCCGCUUGCGCCGAGUAUACAUUUAUUGCCCAGUCUCGUGAACGGAACGCUACUCGCGUAUACGAACCGUGUAUAUAUGUAUUGUUAGGAUCUUAUGUUCUCGACCUAUGAGAAACGAUGCAUCCCGUACGAGUCGUUCUCAACGUUGAUAAAAAAAACAUCAUUUUACCACGUUCGUGGCAAGUUUUCUUUUUAAUUCGACGUUGUAUAUCGGGCUGCAUCGUCUUAUGGUUCCUUAUUCAGGGUGAUACUCAUUAUUAUUUUCAACACUUGUUGUUUUCUUUCAUUUUCUUUUCUUUUCUUUUCUUUUAUUUUCUUUUCCGAACAAUUUUGUUUAGAUAUUUGUAGCGAUUGCGUGCUUAAGAGUCAAAAUUUUUCUAUCUUUUUUGACCAAAAGCGUGAAUGUCCGAAGAAUACGAAAUAGUAAAAAGUGAGAGAACAGAAGGAAGGCAGAUAGAUAGAUUGAGAGAGAGAGAGAGAGAGAGAGAGAGAGAGACUGUGUCACAAAAACGAGAGACGAAGUGAAUCGAUAGGCAUCUACAUAUACAGAGAAGCUAAGUGUUAGGAGAUUGUAUAAAUACAAGGUGAGAAUGUAAUUAUUUUAUGAACAAACGCAUUCAAUGAAAAUAUAGUAUUUAAUCUUUGAA